CAACCAGUUAAAAUGGCUGCUGCAACCACAUAAAUCAGUUAUUUCCAAAACGUAUUGAGAAGUAUAGUGCGUGUAUAGCGCAGGAAUUGACGCUUAGCCUAAGCAGUUCGCCAACAACGAUCAACAUUCCAAUUCACGCGCAAACAAUGACGCGCUUCAACAAAAAAAACGACAUUCUCAGCUAUAACAAUUGUGCGCGUAGCUGUUACAAUUAUCUGGCGUUAAUUGGCGUCCUUUUGUGCUGUGGUUGUCCGUUGACAGCAUCUAUUGCUGUAACCGAGAAUGUCGAUAAUCAACGUUAUCUACAAAAUGGGCCCAUUGGGAGCAACAACGACCGACUGCACCAAAUGCUGAAAGGUGUCGGUGCAGCUGAGCCAAAUUGGCCGCAGCGUGCCAAGCAGGAAGUUACCGACGUAAAGACAGAGAUGGCCAAACUGAAUACAACUUACGUCUACCAGAACGCCUGGCCAGCGAAUAAUGUGAAACUGGGCGCCGUCACUGCUGUUAGCUUUGAUAAAGCCGGCAAUGUGGUCAUAUUUCAUAGGGUCGAUCGAAUUUGGAGCCAGACAACAUUUAACAAUUCCAACGUAUAUCAGGAGCGCAACAUGGGACCCAUUAGGGAGAACACUGUGCUCGGUCUAGAGCCGGAGUCGGGCAAAGUGCUUUAUUCGUGGGGUAAAAAUUUCUUCUACAUGCCCCAUGGUUUGAGCAUUGAUCCCGAGGAUAAUGUCUGGGUAACAGAUGUGGCCUUGCAUCAGGUAUUCAAGUUCCCACCACGAGGCGCAGGAGGCAAACCAUUGCUUACCCUCGGCUCUGCUUUUCAUCCUGGCAUUAGGAAGAAAUUCUGUAAGCCUACCGCGGUGGCUGUGUUGAAUAAUGGAGAUUUCUUUGUGGCGGAUGGCUACUGUAAUGCGCGCAUUAUCAAAUAUUCAAAACAGGGCGAACAGAUCCUAGUCUGGGGACAAAACUCCUUUGCUGGCUUCUCCUACGAUGUAGCGCCACCCAAUUUCUUCGCCAUUCCGCAUGCAUUGACGCUGGUGCCCGAACUGGAGCUGCUGUGCGCAGCAGAUCGUGAAAAUGGACGCGUGCAAUGCUUCUACUCAAACAACGGGACAUUCCAUUCGCAAUACCACAAUCCACUCAUUGGCGAUCGUCUGUUCAGCAUGGCCUAUACACCUGCUGCAGGCGGAGAGCUGGUGAUUGUUAAUGGGCCCACCGCCGAACUGGGCGUAGCACCAACGGACUCCAACGAAGUGUAUGGCUUUGUGAUGAGCAUGCGCAACAAGCAGUUGAUCUCCAAGUUCGGUCCGAACAAUCUGCCAUUCGAGAAUCCACACGAUGUGGCCGUCACCGAAGAUGGCAAUUGCAUCUAUGUGGCUGAACUGAACCCCAUGCGUAUUCACAAAUUUGUGCACAAAUCCAUUGCGAAGACGAUGUCCCUGUCUGCUGUGAAGAUCAUUAGCAGCGCUCAAAGCGAGCCAGCAAUAGCAACAAACAUGUCGGAAACAGUGAACAGUAUUGAUCAAACGCAAACAGCGCAUCAUCCCAGUGGCAAGGCGAUAAUGGUGGCAUCAAUGAUGCUCCUGUUCGCUGGCUCAACAUUUGCGUUGGCGCUGAUUAUGGCGCGCCGUCGCAAACGAGGUUGCCUGCCCUUUGGCACACACAACCGCCGUCAUGCCUGGGAGAAGACGGAGGGCUUUAAGCUGGGCGGCCUGCUCGAUCGGAACGGGUUCGAGAAGCUCGAUCAGAAUGCCAGCGAUGAGGAGCAGGAGCAGGAAACGACAUCACUCUCACAGUACGCCUAGUUUCUACACACACACACACACACACACACACCUGGACCAAGAGACUUAUCUAUUUUGUAAAGCUAACUAAGCGCCAUUCAUAUAGUUCUAGUUCUAAAUACCUCAGUGAAUUUAUUUGAUAUGUGUAUUAUUUAUUUUAAUUACUAUGUGCAUUCCUUUUUCAACCAUUCCAUAUUUUCUACUCUUGCCAAAAUUGCUUUAACUACACAUUAUAUAAUUAAUAUACAUCAUUUAUGUGCAAUUAUUAAAA